AUGACAUGGAUGAUUCCGGCCGCCGGGACAGCGAGCUUGACGCACUACGACCUUCCGUUGAACUACCUAGCAUCGUACGUGACCCGCGCCCAGAUUGCGACAAUCCGGGCGAAGCCACACAGAUGUGGAUGUGCAUAUGGGGCGAGUUACCAUGCGACGGCGGCGUUAAGUUCGCUCGCCUACAGCGGGGACGAGCGGCAGAGCAUCGGGCCGGGGCCGGGGUGCGGGCGAUGCUUCCGACUGACGUUGCGCUCGGCCCAUGGCGUCGACCCGCCGUUCGUGCCUGCCGAUCCCAAACCAUCGGUGGUCGUCAAGAUCGUCGAUAAGUGUCCUUCGCCCGAGUUCUGUGCGGCUACUCGGACUCAUCCUAAUAAGAUCGGCCAGCAAAUUCAUUUCGACUUGGCGCUGCCCUCGCCGGCCUUAAACCUCUCCUUUUUCCCGUCGAAUGUGGAGCUGUAUGGAUACAGCGACUUCGGGAUCUGGAACAUCGAUUAUGAGACGGUGUCCUGUGAGGAAUGGGCCGGCUGGACCAACGCCUCGUCGUUAGGCGUCGAGCGGAGUUAUCCGGGGUAUGAGGAGAGUUGCUGUCCGACGAACCCGCCCUAUACCAAUGAAGUCUGUGCCAAGUCGAUCAAAGCGCCUCCUCCAGCAACCACCUACAAGUCGCCGGCCGCAUCUUCCCCUCCUCCGCCCAAUCCGCGUCUCAUCUUCCUGUGCGCGUCGGCUUGGCUCUCGCUCUCCUUGACCGAUUCUUUCCCGCUCUUCUUGCGCCUCCUAGACACUCAUCAUUGA